AUGGUCGUCAUCGCAAUUGCUGGUGGUGCAAAUGGCCUGGGUCGCACUAUUGCGGAGACGGUUCUUCGCCAGGGCAAACAUCUGGUGAAGAUCUUGAGCAGAUCAGCGGAUGCUAAGCUUGCAGCCGAGAUUGGCAGUGAAAUUAUCGCUGUCGAUUAUGACAACAUUGACAGUAUGAAAAAGAUCUUGGAAGAGAAUGAUGUUCAUACAGUGAUCUCUAUGAUGUUUUUGACCACUUCAGCAAAGCCGCAGAAUAACCUGGUGAUGGCUGCAGAUGCGUCGAAGGUAACGAAGCGUUUUGCUCCAAGUAUUUGGGGCGUCCCCAUGGCUCGAGAACAAGCCGACGCCGCUAAUUUCAUCAUUAGCCGUGUCAAGUUCGAAAGUGUGGAAGUUCUAAAGAAGACAUCCCUCGAGCACACACGGUUCUAUGUGGGUUUCUUUCUUGAUUACUGGGAUUACCCCCACGUACCUACACAUGUAGCACCUCUGACUAUGGCCGUCGACAUGCAAAACGAGUUCGCCGCUCUCCCCGGUACCGGAACGACUCCAAUCUCAUUUAUCCACACUGUGGAUAUUGCGAAGUUUGUAGCUGCGAGCUUGGAUCUCCCAAAGUGGGACGAGGAGAGCUACAUUCUUGGGAACAGGCUUACCUGGAAUGAUUUCGUCAAGACUGCAGAAGAAGUUAAAGGCAAUAUAUCCCGCCAGGAAGUACCAUAG